GGCCACUUCAUGUACCAUAGACUCACAGCUGCAGACUUUGUCCCUGGGUAAUUAUCAGACUUCCACUUCCCCGUCUGCAGUCGCCCAGUCUUCUAACUUGAUUAUUUUUAGCCUUCCACUCUGCCCCAACCAUUCAGUUUACAGAGCACACUUACUGCUGUGCUGUAUUCUUUGGAAAGUGUCUGGUCCCCUUGUACUAGAUUUUGAAUCUCAUCAUGUCUUUCCGUGCUUUAAAGAAGCAGUACACCAAGGCUAAUCAGUAUAUGAGCGAAAGGAUAGGAGGGGCAGAAAAGACAAAGCCAAAUGAGGACUUUGUGGAAAUGGAACGGAAAAUUGAUGUGACGGGCCAUGCGUUGGAUGACCUUAUGGGCAAGACGACAGAAUACCUUCAACCCAACCCAGUCUCGAGAGCCAUGAGUAAGGUUCGCGGUAAAGACAAGGGAGGCAACAAACCCCUGCAACCCGUGGGUUUCCUGGGCGAAGUGAUGCUGAAGAAUGGCCGAGACCUUGGAGAGGAUUCAUCAUUUGGUGUGGCGAUGGUUGACAUGGGCGAGUCGUUGAGGCAACUGUCUGAGAUCAAGGAUGCCUUUGAUCUCAAUGUCAGACAAAACUUCCUGGACCCUCUGGAUCACCUCAAAAACAAAGAUCUGAAAGAGAUCAACCACCAUCGCAAGAAGAUGGAAGGGCGACGUCUAGACUAUGACUACAAAAAGAAGAAACAGGCCAAAGCAGGUGGGAGCACAAUUUCUGAAGAAGAAAUUAAGUUUGCGGAAGAGAAGUUCAACGAAUCCCAGGAACUGGCCUACAAUGGAAUGAGGAACUUGCUUGACAGUGAUGUGGAGCAGGUACUUCAGCUGCAAGCAUUAGCUGAGGCACAGUUAGAAUACCACAAACAGUCGGCAGACAUUUUGGAAAACCUCCUGUCAACGCUCAACGAUAGGGUACGAGAAGCAGAGAACAAGCCCAAGUCAGAACGCAGGCUUGUCUAUACGACCAACUCAUACUCCACAAAGAGGGAUUCCAGCGACGCAGACGACACUGAUGCGUAUCCCCCAGUAACCACUGCAGCAACAAAGGAACAGUGUAGGGCGCUGUAUGACUUUGAAGCAGAGAACGAUGGAGAAUUGGGCUUUCAAGAAGGUGACAUCAUUGAUGUCAUCAGUAAGAUCGACGAGAACUGGAUCGACGGGGAGCUGAACGGUCGCACGGGAUACUUCCCCGCCAACUACGUGGAAAUGAUCUAAGUGCUUUCUUCGUCGUAGUGCUACUUUAGCCUGUACUUAGGCCUGCGUUAGCAUCUGCUGCUCUCAGUACCUCAGGGUGUGGGAAAAUGUAGCAUUCUUGCUACUGUCUGCUCAGAUUGUGUGAACCAUCAAUGGUUACCUUUCUGUCAUCUUGAAAUAACCAUGUGAUAUAAGCGUGUAUGGUCCUGGUCUGAUGGAGAGUAUGCUCUCACCUGCCUAGGGCUCAUAACCGUGCUAUUUGUGGGCUCCGGAGUAUGCUCAUGUUUAAAACAAACAGUGGAGUGUAGUCGUUAAAUUCAAGAAGACUGUUAUUGUGGUUUGAAGAGAAAAGCUCCCCUUGCUGGCAUGAGGACUAGUUUACCCACAAUACAUCACAAGAGAAAGACAGCCAAAACGCUUGCAGUCUUGAGCAGCAUAUGUUAUCGCUUGAGAGUAACUUCUCAUUAACAAGUCUAACAAUGCACUUAGGAUGAACUGCUUUGCUUUUUCCUUUUCUACGUUUUUGUUCAUUUUCACACUUUUGUAAAUAGUUUACAACUUGUUUGGAGAUGGGAUCUUCUGUUUUAGCAUGCUUUGGUCAGAAUGCAGUGGUCACACUCUACAAACAUCUAACAAAACAAAAGAAACACAAUGCACUAACAAUGAACAUCCAUUGUAAUUGUACUGUGCUUGUUUUGCAAGAUGUUUGUAGUGACAGGCUGUGUCAGCCAAAGGUGCUAUUGAUAUGAUGAAAAGUCUCAGCGUUACUUUCACGGCGACUUGACAUGUAACUUAUGUCAGAAGUCAGUGGCCCUUGGGAAAGAAAUGCAAAUGAUUUGACGAGCACAGUUUAGAAGCCAAUGCUGACAGGGUACCAGGCACUCAUUGUCUCUUGCCUCAUUGACAUUAGAGGUUGGUGUGUAUUUUGGCAAAUGGUAAACGUACCAUUGACCAAGGGGACAUUUGGAGUGUGCAAACACACGUCUAGCUCAAGAGUGGCAUUAGGUUAUUGCUUGCACUGGAUUAGUUUAGAUCAAAAACAUAAAUCAUUUAAAUGAUGAAUUGGUGGUAUUUAACCCCAGAUUUCCUUAGCAUUGAAACCACUGAGAAAACAAUAUGUCUUCCUCUGUUCUGCCCAUACCAGCAUCCUAAAGAGAUAUUGUGAAUCUUUAUACAACACCUGAAUAAAUCCCAAUCAGUUAAUUGGUGGGUUGUUCAUCAGUUGUCAUCAAAUUGUUCAGUGUGUCAGUGACCAGUUGAUAGAACCUUCUACUACUUGGCGCAGUAUGUGGGCUCUUCAUACAAAAUGGUGGAUGAUCCAGAUAUUAAAAAAAGGUUCUCUCUAAUAGAUGAAGUCAUUUCUGAACUUGUAAAUGAUGCGUGCACUUUGAAUACAAGGCAACAAAGUAACGUAACUGUCAAAAGAUGAGGGAGGCACAGAGGCAUGCUUACUGAAGUGCUAAUUAAUUCAGAAUAAGCCAACUGAUUGUCACAGAAAGUAAGAACGAUUUGUGAUCACAAAAAAAAAAUCAUUCAGGCAUUGUAUAAAAUGAAAUGACCGUGCAAUGGAAAGAACAAUUUCAUUAAGUAACGGACUGAAUGUCUCAUUCAACUGGGCUCUGCCUGUUGGAAUAGAGCAUUUCACCUGUCACCUUUGAAAUUCUUACUGUUCCAUUCAUAAACAUCCAUUAUUUGUAUACAACCAAUGAAAAAGCCUUGAAAAUGUGAGUAAAAAUGAACAACAAAAGGAUGAGAUAUUUAACAGUACAUCCUAGUGAUACCAUACUUUAAUAAACAGUGUUAGGCACUACGAACAUCUAACACAGUGCAAUAACAGUGAGCAUCCAUUGUUAUUGCAUCCUACUUCUUUUGUUAGAUUUUCAUAGUGAGAGUAGUAGAGUAUAAUGUAUAAAUGAGGGGAAAUGUUAAAUCUUCGUUUGCUUUUUCUAUUUGGAAAAAUAAUCUUACUGAGCAACUGAUUCUUACUUACAUGAUGUGUUUAUGAUGUGUUUGGAUGCAAGUUCUUUGCACAGCUACAAACAAAAGUGCAAGGGCUGUUCUUAGAAAAAUCAGAGAUACCAGAAAUUAUAAACUAGCUUUUGUUUUUAGGUAGAUAGAUAUGUACCAUAUACAUGUAUAACCUAUUUUUGUACAGUAAAGGUAAGUUCACAAUUGGGGAACAGAUACCUGUGAAAUGUCUAUAAUCACAGUGAUUUGUAGUGAAUUUUGAUUUUAGACAUGACAAGCUUUACUCCUGUGAGUCUGAAAGCGGGUAGGAGAUGGACAAUUGGCAUUUUGAGCAUUUCCUGGUCAUGUCAUGGAUUGAGUGAAGCCUUCAUAAGAAAAGUACUGUUAUUAAUGGGCAAUUCUUAUAAAGUUGCAGUAUUUAUUGUUUUGUAUUACAGCUGUAAAAGAAAAGUCGAAAAAAAAGACUUGUUUCAAUUUUUUGCAGCCUACAUGAAGCAUUGUGUUUAGACAAUCCCAUGCUUCGUUAUUAGAGUCCAAAGCGUAAAGUUUGUUGACGAUGCCAAAAUGACAUGAUGAUCAAGAAGUCUUGUCUUUUAUUUCAUACAUUUGUUUGUUCAUUCUGUUGUAUUUUUGAUGUGUGGUUAGUUUCUCAACUUACCAUUGCUGCAGUAGUUACCUGUUUCUUACAUGAAUGCUUGAAUUGUAUGUGGUCCUUAACAAAUUCUAGUUUCAAUUCCCAUUUGGCAGGUCUCAGUGAUUGUGUUAAGAGAAUUAACUUUGCAAUAUGGCUGGUUCCACAAAACCUCUCACAGUGAGAGCAAAUUUACGUUCUUUUGGUGUAUUUGCGAGCAUUUAUGUGACACUGAUGGCUUAGUUAUAUGGAAGUAAUUCUUGUACAUCUGUAGAUAUAUUAUGUCUCUAUUUCAGCAUGAUUAUGCCCUGCCAACUGGGGGGAGUGAAUUGAUCAAUUUUUUGAUCACCCUACAACAAAAACGCAGUGUAAAUGAGACUAGUAGUGCGGAGAUUGUUACAAGCAAAUCCAGUGGCUUGACGACUUUAAUUCCAUUAGAUAUACCAUGGAGGUAGACUUGCUACACCUGGAAACAGGCAUAAGAUCACUGUGGUCUCUAAUCCGCCUCAAACAGAAGCACCCCCUCAUCGGUUGAAAAGAGCCGCAUUGGUCGGGGGUGUUCCAUUUGUUGGUAAUGAUGCGACCGUAACGCGUGCAUUUCAUAUGUUCGUGUCUUAGCGAAUUUUAGGUCCAACGGAAAGACGCUUCAGUUCCUAAGACAAUAGCGCCCUCUCUUGGUCCAACUUAAGGCCCAGUCAGUUUUCAUUUCUUUCCAUUUUUGGUCACUUAAGUGGAAAUCAGCCUCUAAGUACGAAUAAUUUGGUUCAUAGCUUGCACACCGAAUGUACCGGCUGAUUAUUAACAAGUAAUGCAAUACAGAGAAAUGUGCAAAAUUGUUGCACACUGGGGCAAACCUCACAAGUUGCAUGAACUUGUGAGUUCCUUUUUACCCUGCUUUAUGUAUUACAUGUCUAACAGAUUUGAGGAAUUACUGUGAGACUAACAAGAUAAAUUGAAUGUUUAUGCUGUUUACUGAUAA